CAAUCCCCGGGCGCAGCGGCGGCGGCGGCGGCGGCGGCGGGGCCCGUCCCCGGAGGCGCUUCCUUCCUGCGGCGGGCGGCCGGGCGGGCCGGGGCGCCUAUAAAGCGGCGGACGGCGGCGGGGCCAUGCCAGAGAUUUGCCGUGCCGGCCGGCCGCCAUGCGGCGGCUCCCGCUGCUGCUGCUGCUGCUGGCCGGACUGCGGCCGGCGCCGGGCGAGCCGGAGCCGGCGGAGGCGGCGGCCGCCCCGUCGGGGGCGCAGUGCCUGGAGCACGACUGCUUCGCCGUCUUCUGGGCGCCGCUGCCCUUCGCCGCCGCCAGCGCCGCCUGCGAGCGGCACGGCGGGCACCUGAUGACCGUGCGCUCCACCGUGGCCGAGGACGCCAUCGCGCUGCUGCUGCAGAACCGCCGCGGGCGGCUGUGGCUGGGGCUGCAGCUGCCCAGCCGCUGCACCGAGCCGGCGCAGCGGCUGCGCGGCUUCCAGUGGGUGACGGGUGACAGCCGCACCGACUACGCCAACUGGGAGCCGUCGGGGCGCCUCUGUGACCGCCGCUGCGCCACUGUGUCCCGGGAGCUGCGCUGGGAGGAGCGCGGCUGCGAGGAGCCGGCCGACGGCUUCCUCUGCGAGUACAACUACCCCGACAGCUGCCCGCGCCUGCCGCCCGCCGACGGGCUGUCCGCUGCCUACCGCACGCCCUUCGGCGCCCGCGGCGGGGACUUCCUGGCGCUGCCCCCCGGCAGCACGGCGCUCGUCCCGGCGCUGGGGCUGGAGCUGCGCUGCGCGGCCGCGGGCGGCGGCGGGGGGCUACGCUGGGGCCGCGCCGAGCCCGGCGCCUGGC